UCUGCCAGCUUCAUCGAGAGUUCCUCAGGGCCGGCUCGAACGUCAUGCAGACCUUCACUUUCUAUGCAAGUGAGGACAAGCUGGAGAACAGGGGCAACUACGUCCUGGAGAAGAUUUCCGGGCAGAAAGUCAAUGAAGCUGCCUGCGACAUUGCCCGCCAGGUGGCUGAUGAGGGGGAUGCUUUGGUGGCAGGUGGCGUGAGUCAGACACCUUCGUACCUUAGCUGCAAGAGCGAAGCAGAAGUCAAGAAAAUCUUUGUGCAACAGCUGGAGGUUUUCAUAAAGAAGAACGUGGACUUCUUGAUUGCAGAGUAUUUCGAGCAUGUUGAAGAAGCUGUGUGGGCAGUGGAGAUCUUGAAAGCAUCUGGUAAACCAGUGGCAGCAACUAUGUGCAUUGGCCCCGAGGGAGAUCUACACGGCGUGCCCCCUGGAGAGUGUGCAGUACGCCUGGUGAAAGCAGGAGCCUCCAUCGUUGGUGUGAACUGCCACUUUGACCCCACGAUUAGUCUGCAGACGGUGAGGCUCAUGAAAGAGGGCUUGGAGGCUGCCCGGUUGAAAGCUCACCUGAUGAGCCAGCCCUUGGCCUACCACACUCCUGACUGCAACAAACAGGGGUUUAUCGACCUCCCCGAGUUCCCCUUUGGACUAGAGCCCAGAGUUGCCACCAGAUGGGAUAUUCAAAAGUACGCCAGGGAGGCCUACAACCUGGGGGUCAGGUACAUCGGCGGGUGCUGCGGAUUUGAGCCCUACCACAUCAGGGCGAUUGCAGAGGAGCUGGCCCCAGAGAGGGGCUUUUUGCCUCCGGCUUCUGAAAAACACGGCAGCUGGGGCAGUGGUUUGGACAUGCACACCAAACCCUGGAUCAGAGCCAGGGCCAGGAAGGAAUACUGGGAGAAUCUCCGGAUAGCCUCGGGCAGGCCAUACAAUCCUUCCAUGUCAAAGCCGGAUGCCUGGGGAGUGACCAAAGGAACAGCUGAGCUGAUGCAGCAGAAGGAAGCCACCACGGAGCAGCAGCUGAAAGAGCUCUUUGAAAAGCAGAAGUUCAGAUCUGCACAGUAGCCCCCCAAAGCCUGAUUCUGGUGGAAUUCUCGAUGUUUGGGUCAUAGUUCCUACAAAUAAGGAGAAAGUGGUUAAAAAGCAGUGCUUGUAUUAAAGCCAAACUACACAUGUAAUUGCAUUAGCUUUAUGAGAUAAAAGCACAGAUAUCACUUGACAAUCUUAAAGUAUCUUUCAGAAAUUUACGUAGUAGCAAAAUAAGUAUGGUUUACUAAGCACCCACCAUGUAGAAGGUACUAUAGAAAUCGCUGCCGUACAG